AUGAGAGGAAAUACCCCGACGGUGGCUACGAUUGAGGCUCUUGUUAUUAUGAGUGCGUCAGAGGCUGCAUUCACCGUUAUGCUCGAGGAUGACUUUAUAGUGGCAUGGUAG